UUACUAAUGAACGUCUCCGCCUCCCCUGUCCGUCACUCAGCGUCGUCCGAUCAGCUUAGCUAGCUGCCUGCUAUCUCUCUCGACCAACGACCUCCACCAGACAUGGCUCUUCCAAGGUCCUCUUACGACCCUCGAAGGGUUUUCACCAUCGCCUUUCCUAAAUUCGAAGUUGGUCCCAAGACCAGGCAGAUCGGGACGUAUCUGGCGGGUAUACUAUUCACAUUCUCCUUUUUCCUCCUGUUCGAUGCUGCCACCCUCUCAUCACAUGCUAAGCCACCCGCGGAUUCUCCUCAUGAUGUAGUACCGGUCCAUAUGAGCUUUGUCGAUUGGAUCCCGGCCAUAUGCUCGACAGUCGGCUUCCUCAUCACCUCCUUACUCGACAAAUCUCACCUUCAAUCCGCAUUCUCAGGUGACUCAUGGGGCAGCGAAGGUCCAGCAGCCGUACGAGCCAGAGUUGUCCUUUUCAUCGGAGUGGCAUUCAUGGCUGGUGGUCUCGCAGGAAGUCUGACUGUCUUGAUACUUAAGUACAUCAUCCCGGAUUACAUUGGUUAUAUUUACUAUGGUGGUGCUAAUGUCGGUAUGAACGCUGGAAUUAUGCUGUCUGCAAUGGUCCUGUGGGUCGCACAGAGCGGAAGUGACGAGUACGAAUACCAGUUGACCGUGUGAGAGUCCUGGCGUCAAGGAGAUGAUCCAUUUGUGAGCGUGUCGAUUCAACCUCAAUUGCAUGUAUGCGGUACCCAUGUACCUGGAUCAUGGGUAAAGCUGAUCGGGCUUCGAGAGCUAUCACGCCGUGACAGCAGGGACUGAACAGUGUGGCUCGAUCGCAAGCCUGACAUCAUCAUCAAGCUAGACAACGCGCGAAGCCACAGCAAUGCAACGAUCACCACUCAACCGCACC